AUAUAAGAGAGGAGCAGCCUGUUGAGCUGCGAGCUUCUCACUGGACGCUGAGAGACGGAGUUCGGGGACACUCACAUCAUAAAAUGACCCGCUGAGAAGACAUUAAUCUUGAGGAGUCAAAGCAGAAGAACAUCUCACUACAGAAGCCCCACUACCCCGUCACGCACAGAAGAAUCAUGUGGGUUCUGGAGAAGAUUCGGAGCUCAGUAGAGACCAACGUGCCUCGUCAAGGGGAUGCGGGAGAUAAACAAGACAAAGCCCCCAUCUAUAGCAAUGUUCUCACCCCUGACAAAAUCCCUGACUUUUUCAUCCCUCCUAAGCUGGUAAGCUGCCCACCAGAGGCUGAGACCCCAGAUGUCAAACCCAAGGAAGGUCUGCGGCCCUCUACCUCGGAGCAGACCAUUGGCAACAAGAUCCUCAGUAGCCCUCGGAGUCCCCGCCUGGUCAGCAAGCUGGCUGGAGACACAAAGAACCUUCUGAAGGCCGCCAACCGUCAUAUCAUUCAGAUUGAAAGCGCAGAUGACGUUGUUGCAGACGAUACCAAUGCCGAUCCUCAGUCCCAGACUGCCAUGUCGCUACCAUAUAUCCCAAAGACUCAGACGUCCUAUGGGUUUGCCACACUAAUGGAGAGUCCCCACACUCGCCGGAAAGAAUCCCUGUUCCACUGCGACCACACAAGUCCUGUGACUUCUCCGAACACCCAGCGCAGAUCCCAGAGCAAGAGCAGCAGGGACAGCAGUCAUCUGAACCCUGUGGAUUUCAACACAUCUCAUAUCAGCCCAUAUCGCUACUUCAGUGGGGGCGAGAGUGACACUUGUUCCUCAGCAGAAUCGUCCCCUUUCAGCUCCCCACUGUUGUCCCGUUCUGCUUCCCUGCUCAAGAUUUUCACCCACGAGACCCAGGCCAAGGUGGUCAAAGCCAAGAGGACCUUUGCCCGGCACAGUUCGCUCUCCACAGAUGAAUGCAGCUCGGCAGAGCCCAGCCCCAGCGUGCCCAGAAGGAUCCACUGCCACUCAGGAGGUGGUCCUCUGGACCAUCAUGGAAGGGACAGGCAGCAAAGGGAGCACAUGGUCAACCUCCACAAGGGUGGCACAAUCCGGCUCUGCGCAGACUAUGAUGCGGGUACGGCCCGCCUGCGGAUACGCAUCGUAGCGGCUGAGGACCUCUACGACCAGAUGUUUGACAUCAAGAGCAUCAACUGUUGCGUAUCGCUCUACCUCAACCCAGGCAAGCUGCAGAAGCAGAGGAGCACCAUCAUAAAGAACAGCCGCAAUCCCGUCUUCAAUGAGGACUUCUUCUUUGACUCGGUUAGCUCGGUGCAGGUGAAGAACCUUGCGCUGAAGAUCAAAGUGGUGAAUAAAGGCACUAGCCUGAAAAGGGACAGCUUACUGGGAGAGAGAGAGGUCCCUCUGGGAAAGCUGCUGCCUGGUCUUUAAAGCUCUACACAGGGACCUGUGGAACUAGUGGACCCUGGAGUAAAUAGCUAAACCUGUUUUCAUGUAGCAUCAUCCAUUGCUUGAUUGGGCAGACUCACUCAUGACUACAUAUACCAUAAAACUCUAAAGCUUGGUACUCAUAGCAAGUAAUUGUGUAUAUUUGUGUUGACAUAAAUAUAAAUUCUAUGACAUCUUUACAUUUGUUGUAUAUAUUAUGUAUAUUAUGUUGUUUGAUGCUUGUUGUGUUAACUGAUGCAGACAGAACAUUUUGUUUUUUCACAGGAAAAACUUUUUUUUCCUCCUGGUCCUUUGAACUCACACAAUGACCCAGUGUGCAAAUGUUAGCUUUGAUCCUGGAUGCAUCUGCCAACUCAUUUGGAGGAUGAAUAACUAACAUUGGAGGAUGUUGCAUCACUGUGUCUUACCAGACAUUGGUGCAAAUAUGGAAAUGUGAUGGCGUAUGCUCACCCUCGUGAACAGUUUUUGUGAGACCCAGAAGCCUUACUGAAGACAGCAAGAGGAGGUUUGCCUGUCGUGUUCAGCUCAGACUGGACUGCUUCAAGCUGAGCAUCUUUUUAUUAAUCUGUUCUGACUGGAUGUCAUCUUCGAUUAAUAUAUUUAUUACUCGUUUGUUACAUGUACAGAAGAGCGUCAAAGACUCUUGAUCUUUUAUGGACGCUUUAACCUACAAAUAAUUGUUUAAUAUAUAAAAUGUUUCCUUGGGCACUGAAUGAAAGACAAGUAAAAUGGUGGGGGAACUCGAUCUAGUCCAGCCAUUUAAGCACUAUUAUAUAUUAUCUGAUGGAUGGAAAUUUUAGAAUGAAAUUUAAUGAUUUCAAUCUUGGUCUCAGACAACCAAAUUCUCAGGAAAUACAUUGCAGUGCAAAAAUCAGAGACCACCCUUUUGUUCAUUUAUUUAAUUUGUCUGUGUAUGUGUACGUGU